AUGUCUGUCUGGUUUGUCUUUUUUUAUUUAGGUUUCUUGUCACUGUUUUGUCCAUGCCCAUAUUUAUGCUAUUUAUAUUCAUAUGCCAAUGAACCGUGUUGGUUGCCUUGUAUUGGCGCUGGAACUGGUCCACUUAGAAUGCGACAACGUUUUAGGCAUAAAAUUAAAGGUUCAAUAACUAAUGACUUUUUAUUAUCAUGCAUAUGUACACAAUGUGUUAUGUGUCAAUUAAAAAGAGAUAUGGAUUAUGUCGUUAAAAAUGAUGGAGAUAUUUAAUAAUUUCUAUAUAAAAUUCAAUAUGAUCAAAUCAAGAACUAAAUUAUUUGUGUUAUAAUCCAUUAAAAUCUUAUAUAAUAAGAGUUAAAUAUGUG